AUGAGUGGUUCAUCACUACCCUACAUCGGGAGUAGAAUCUCCCUCAUCUCCAACGCCGAGAUCCGCUACGAAGGCAUACUCUACACGAUCAACACCGAGGAGUCUACUAUAGCUCUACAAAACGUCAAGUCGUCUGGUACCGAGGGCCGCAAGACCCCCCACGUUCCCCCGAGCGACGAGGUCUAUGACUUCAUCAUAUUCCGAGGCAAGGACAUCAAGGAUCUCACUGUGUUAGAAGGUGCUGGUCAAAAGACUGGUCCUCUGACGGAUCCAGCCAUCGUGAGCAUGAACCAAGCCCCCAAGGUCGGUGGUGGCAACCGUCAGCAGAGAGAUGAUCGCGGUGGUCGUGGUCGCUGGGAAGAUCGUGGUAGCUGGGGGUACGGCGGAGGUGGCAAGGGAUAUGGAAAGGGGUAUGGCAAGGGUAGCUACUAUGGUGGUUAUUCUGGUGGUUAUGGUCGCAGUGACAGACCUCACAGGAGACCCCCUACCCGUACAGGUCCUGUUGGUGAAUUAGUCCCUAACGUGAAUCCUGAAGCCAAGGCUGAGGUGAAGGAUGAGUUCGAUUAUGCUGGCAACGCGUCCAAGCUUGAGAAGCCUGACGAAAGUGCUGUGUCUACCGCUGGUACCACAGUCAGAAGUGGUUACAGUAAGAAUAAAGGGUUCUUUGACGACAUCUCCUGUGACGCUCUUGACCGUAGAGCGAGAAGCAAUCAAGGUCCGACUGAUCCGGCCAUUCUUGAUCAGAGGGCCAAACAGCGAGCUACCGAUAAGGAGACAUUCGGCGCGACUGCUGCCCAGCGUCGACCCUUCGGAGGGUAUCGACGCCCGUACGGCAAGGGCCGUGGUGGGAAGGGCGGUAAGGGCAAGGGCCGUAGUUAUUAUUAAACGACUAUGUAUUGCAGUAUUAGUGGUGGUGAUUAUCUGACUUGUGUGAUGAAUCGUAGCGCCCACCGAGCGCCUAGCGAUCCAUCCUACGUUACGAAGCUGAGGUCCUAUCUGUUGCAGGUGUUAUUUCUAGUAUUUGUCGAAUGAAUUAUUUACGGAAGUUACCUCGAUAUCGCGUCAUGUGUCGCUUGCGUUCAUGCGCAUAUCGUCGUAAUUCACAGUGUGUUCAGUGAUAGAACUGCGGAUGCAGUGGCACACACACUCCCUGAUAGUCUAUAAGAUUUGAACUCUCAUUAUUGUCAAUACACCCCACAUUGAUCGUAACACCGUUAUUGCUGCCAGUUUAUAGAAAUCACUAUGAAGAAUUCCAGAUAGAGACGUGUUAUGUUCGCCUAUUCCAUGUACCACAUUACUAUCACGGUGUCACUAGUGAGUUGCUGCUCGUGUAUGCGCUGCCGAGUCUGGCACGUGAGUAGUGUCGAGGAUUAUUUUAAGCACCCAGAGAUGUUGUGAGUUGCAGCUACUGAAUCGUGGCUCGACUAACAGGCUGUUGGGU